AUGUUGGAACAUGUCAGAAGACUAACAGCCUUAACACCAACCAUAAACCUCUCCAUCUUAGAGACCAACUUACAAAGAUGCCAAUGGGUGAACCAAUUCAAGCAGAUUCUAUCACAAAUGAUCCUCACUGGCUUCAUCACAGACACCUAUGCUGCAAGCAGGCUCAUCAACUUCUCCACUCACUCCAAUUUCAUUCCGUUCUAUUACUCCCUCAAAAUAUUCAACCACCUUCACAACCCCAACACCUUUAUUUGGAACACCGUCAUGCGUUCCCACUUAGAGCAUCACAAUUCACCUCAUCAAGCUAUUAAUUUUUACAAGCUCUUUCUCUUACAAAAUACUCCGCCUGAUCAUUACACAUAUCCGAUUCUCCUCCGAUCGUGUGCCGCUCGAGUGUCGGAGCCUGAAGGACAGCAAAUUCAUGACCAUGUUGUUAAGUCUGGUUUUGAUUCUGAUGUUUAUGUUAGGAACACGUUGAUUAAUUUGUAUGCUGUUUGUGGGAACAUGGUGAGUGCACGUAAGGUGUUUAAGGAAAGUCUUGUGUUAGAUAUGGUUUCAUGGAAUACACUUUUGGCUGGUUAUGUUAAUGUGGGUGAUGUUGGUGAGGCGGAGUUUGUGUAUGACCGGAUGCCGGUGAGGAACACCAUUGCUUCUAACUCCAUGAUUGUUUUGUUUGGAAGAAAGGGUUGUGUUGUGAAGGCGCGGAGGCUUUUUGAUCUGAUUGAAGGAAAGGAUAUGGUUUCCUGGAGUGCGUUGAUUUCUUGUUAUGAACAAAAUGGGAUGUGUGAGGAGGCAUUGGUUUUGUUUGUGAAUAUGAAUGUUUGUGGGGUUAUGGUGGAUGAGGUGGUUAUGGUUACUGCUAUCUCUGCUUGUACAAGCCUCUCGGUUGUCCUGAUGGGGAGGUCGGUGCAUGGUUUGGCAGCCAAAGUAGGGAUUCAAGAUUAUGUUAGCCUUCAGAAUGCAUUGAUACAUUUGUACUCAAGUUGUGGGGAGAUAUUGGAUGCUCAGAAACUUUUCAAUGGUGGUGUCUUGUUGGAUCUGGUAUCUUGGAAUUCAAUGAUUUCUGGGUAUUUGAUGUGUGGCUUAAUUGAGGAUGCUAAGACAUUGUUUGAUUCCAUGGUUGAGAAGGAUGUUGUGUCUUGGAGUGCUAUGAUAUCGGGUUAUGCUCAACAUGGAUGUUUCACAGAGGCCGUGACUUUGUUUCAGGAAAUGCAGCUUCUUGGAAUUAGGCCGGAUGAGACUGCUUUAGUGAGUGUCAUCUCAGCCUGCACCCAUAUGGCUGCUUUGGACUUGGGCAAAUGGAUUCAUGCAUAUAUAAGUAAAAACAAAUUUCAGGUUAAUGUCAUUUUGGGCACGACACUUCUAGAUAUGUAUAUGAAAUGCGGAUGUGUUGAAAAUGCAUUAGAGGUUUUCUAUGCAAUGGAGGAAAAGGGCGUUUCUACCUGGAAUGCUCUCAUUCUUGGGUUGGCAAUGAAUGGUUUGGUAGAAAAGUCACUUAACAUGUUUGAAAAAAUGAAAAAUACCACGACACUUCCUAAUGAGAUAACAUUUAUGGGAGUUCUUGGGGCAUGUCGACACAUGGGCCUAGUGGAUGAGGGGCGCCGCUACUUUAGUUCAAUGACCCAAGAACACAAGAUAGAACCAAAUGUUAAACAUUAUGGAUGUGUGGUUGAUCUUUUAGGACGUGCAGGUUUGCUUAAAGAAGCUGAGGAACUGAUUGAGAGUAUGCCAAUGGCACCUGAUGUCGCUACUUGGGGUGCUUUGCUUGGGGCUUGUAGAAAGCACCUUAACAAUGAAAUGGGAGAGAGGUUGGGAAGGAAACUCAUCCAGCUUCAGCCCGACCACGAUGGUUUCCAUGUGUUAUUGUCAAAUAUAUAUGCUUCAAAAGGAAAUUGGAGCAAUGUUCUUGAAAUUAGGGGAAAUAUGGCACACCAUGGGGUGGUGAAGAUACCUGGUUGUAGCGUGAUUGAAGCAAAUGGAACAGUUCAUGAAUUCUUAGCAGGAGAUAAGACACAUUCUCAGAUAAAGGAUAUUGAGCUUAUGUUAAAUGUAGUGGCUGCAAAGCUAAAGAUUGAGGGCUAUGCACCAAUCACAAAUGAGGUUUCAUUAGACAUAGAUGAAGAGGAGAAGGAAACUGCCCUUUUCAGCCAUAGUGAGAAGCUUGCUGUUGCCUUUGGACUAAUCACUAUACCUCCACCUGCUCCAAUCAGAAUAAUAAAGAAUUUGCGCAUAUGUAAUGAUUGUCAUACUGUUGUAAAGCUUAUCUCCAAAGCAUUUGAUCGUGAAAUUGUCAUAAGGGAUCGUCAUCGCUUUCAUCACUUUAAGCAUGGAUCUUGUUCUUGCUUGGAUUUUUGGUAG